UGUUCUAAUUAUUUUCUUGAAAUUUGCAAUUUGGUUAAUAGGUUUAUAAUUUGUGUCAAUUUCGUUAGAAACGUAAUGGAUACGCUUACCAUUGUUGUAGAAGCAUACUGGUGUUGGUUUGCCUUGGAUAUAAACUGUGUGAAUUUCUGCUUGGCCUGGACUGAUAGGAUCUGGUGUAGGUUUCUGAAAGAAUACCGUGUUGUUAUCGAGUGUUAGCGUGUGCAUCUAUUACAAAAACCCGGGUACGCAGCAACGACUGAUUUCGAGCCGACUAACGCUCGACUAGCAUUCCCAUGUUGGGACGAGCCCGCCUACAAGGCGAAAUUCAACAUCCGGUUGACGCACAAUAAGACAUUCCAAGCGAUCUCUAAUAUGGACGAACUAGACAAACAAGUUGAACAAGAUGGCAUGAUAACCACUUCGUUCAAAAAAUCUCCACCAAUGUCUACUUACUUGGUAGCAUUCGUAGUAAGUGAUUAUCAACGUAAGGAAGAUAAAAGCAAAGACAUCACCUAUAGGGUGUGGACGAAGGCAAGGGCGAUAAAUCAGACUUCCUACGCUUUGAAAAUGGGUAUGAAGAUUCUAAAACAACUGGAUUUCUACACGAAUAUUUCAUAUCAGAAAUACAUGUCAGCAAAAAUUGAUCAAAUCACGCAGAAAGAUUUCUCAGCCGGCGCCAUGGAGAAUUGGGGACUCGUGAUUUAUAGAGAAGAUAGACUUCUAUACGACGAGAUUUUAAGCACAACCCGCACCAAGAUGAACGUACUCAAAGUCAUCGCUCACGAAUUCACUCAUCAAUGGUUCGGUGAUCUCGUCAGCCCGAAAUGGUGGAAAUACCUUUGGCUGAACGAGGGAUUCGCCACCUAUUUCGAACACUUCAUUGCUCACAAGGUAAAUACGAUACUCUAAUCCUUCUUAAAACAGACUUUGACCGUUAUGUUUUUUGACAUGGGAUUUAUAAGUGUUGGGACAGUGU